AUAGUAAUAUUUCAAUGGAACCCAGUAAAUAUUUAUGUUUUUUUGUAAACUUCUUUAUAGUUCAUAUUUCUUUUAAAUAUUCUAUAUUAUAUAUGAGUCAUUUUAAAUCAUAUUUUCAGAUCACUGCUAUCAAAUCAAUAGUAGUUUCUUUUUCUGAUAAUAUUAGGUUCAUGUAUUUUUUGGACUGGAUGUUGGAGCCCCUUUAGACAUCCCUAUUAAUUAAUUAAUUUAUGUUUUAAAAAUCACAUCAUUAUUUAUCAGCAUUAACAUGUCUGUUUAAUAUAUUUUUAUUUCAGUUUUUGUUGCAAUAUGAGUGUAUAUAUUGUUUCUAAAACACUUUCAUUAUAUAUUCCAUAUCCCUUAGAACAUUUUGUUGUUUUUUUUGCAGAAUCUAUCAUUUCAAUGCCUUCUCCCUCACUCACUCCCUGCCAUUUAAGUAUAAUCGACACAUUCCCAUGGAUGGAUGAGUUCAUUAAGCUUUGUCAUGAAGAUAUGAUCAAAGCAAAUAUAAGAAGCCUUGAAAAGUUAAUGAACUUUUAUCAUAUAAAUGUUAUCGAAUCUGUUAAGGAAUGUUAUUCUGAACCAAACAGAGUUACAAAACUUAAAAGGUCCAUGUCAGAAGUACUGAUAUUUUUUUACCUUUCAUACUCUGAAUUGAAACUGCCCUUAAACUCUUCCACCUUUCAAGCCCAAAUGUCUGAUCUUAUGGCCUUGUAUUUGGAUAUGGAAAUUGUGGCAUCUAGAUCUGGCACAGAAAGUUUGCAAAAUAUAGCGAGUAAGAUUACAUCUUGUUUGUUUAUUUAUUUUGGUUGUUCUCAUGCUCACAUCCUUGAUACUAUUCUCAAAUCAAAAAUGAUCAAUAGGGACUCUUGGGAGCUCAGUGAUCUAAUAUUUAGGAGAGUGUUGAGGGAUUCUCCUGGUUCAUCUGUUGAUAUGAUUACAUACAUGAGACAUCUGCUUGCUUUCAAACUGUGGAAAGGAAUAAUGGAUAGUGUUGAAGAAAGAAAAAAGAUACAGUUAAUGGCAGAACAUCAACUGAUACCACCCUCUGAUUUGAAGGAAAAGCUUUCCUGGAGCAGUGUGUUUAGAGAUAUAUUUCCAAUAAUUUCUGAAUCUGAGACCAAUAUUACACGAUUUGUCUUAGACUCUAAAUUUACCAUCAGGGAUAAAAUUGAGAUGUUUUUGAAAGCAGUUGCUGAUCCAAAACUACCAUGUGCUCCAGAUAGAGAUAGCGAAAGUUUGGCUUCUACUAAUCAUUCCUAUAUUCCUGAUGGAAAGGAUGAUGAACACAAUUGGUUAAUGGAUGAUUGGUCUAAAAUAAAUGCAGAAAGUGAUACUGAAGAUAGCCUACUAUCAAAUAAAAUUAAUGAUGGUUUUGAUAAUGAAAACCUAUCGAAUCCUACAGUGAGAUCUAUUAGUAAAAAUGAACUAGAAAAGAAAUGGAUGCCUGUUGAAAUGGCUUUUGAAGGCAUUGGUAAAGAUGAAACUAGUUUCAAAACUGUAGAAAUUGAAAACAUAUUUAAAAAAGAUCAGAUCUAUCAAGAUAACAGUUUCUGGGAAGGUGGCAUAAUGGAUGUGGCCACUGAAGUUGAACUUCCAUCAAGUCCAUUAAAUGUUACUGACAUUCCCUGUACUAAACUUGAGCCAUACUCAUCGCAGUUAAAAGAGAAUGUUGUUAACCCAUGUGAUAUAUCUAACACCCAUCCUCACGAAAACUAUAAUGACUUUGAUUUAAAAUCAGAAUUUAUUGUAGAAAAUACUCCAGGGCAAGCUAUGAUUUUCAAUUUACAAAAUAAUCCUCAAUUUUAUCUUAACAAAGAACAGAUAUUUGAUGCUUCUUCAAAUGUUGAAGACCACUGUUCAACUCACGGAUUUGGUCUCAUUAAUUCUGAACAAAUCAUAACUGAUUCUAAAUCAAUUGAGACUCCAAGAGCAAAAAGUAUUGUAAAUAAAAAAUAUUUUCCAGUUACCAUAAAUAUUCCUUUUGAAAAACAUAUUAGUGGGACACUAUGUGAAGAACAAAAUGAAGAAGUAUCUUCUGAAGAACAUAAUGAAGAAUUAUCUUCAGAAGAACAUAAUGAAGAAUUAUCUUCAGAAGAACAUAAUGAAGAAUUAUCUUCAGAAGAACAUAAUGAAGAAUCAUCUUCAGAAGAAAUUAAUCAAGAUUUAUGUAUAGAAGAAGAUAAUGAAGAUUUAUCUUUAGAAGAAUUUACUGAAGAAUUGUCUUUAGAAGAAUUCAACAAGGAAGAGGUGGAUUUGAGAGAAUUCAAUGAAGAUUGUAUCAACCAAAGAUCUUCAGAAGAAUUUGAUGGAAAAAGGCAUUUUGAAGAACAUGUUACUGAAAAAACUAUAGAAUCAAGUAAUGUGGAAAUACCUUCAGAACAAAGUGAAGAAACUCCACCAGAAAAAAGAGGCAUUGUUCAUGAUUUCACUUUGAAAAAUGAUAAUAAAAUCUAUAAAUUUCAUGUAAAAUUAUCAUCAUAUUGGGAAAAACUAAAUAGACGUACAUGGAUCAGUCUUCUCUUUCCUCUGUUUUCUGAACAAGAUAUUAAGACACCUAGGUGUAACUGUUUUAUAUGCACACAAAAUUAUAAUACAAUUAUGAAAAAUUGGAAGUCUGCAGUGACUAAUUUAUCUCGUCUUCCUAGGGAUGUCUAUGAUACUGAGAUAUUUUCUGGUAAUUUUGAGAAUAGCAUUCUAAAAGAUAUGAAAGAAUUGUUAGAAACUGAUGGACUUAAAUUAUUGGUUUGGGAACCUGAAAUGGACGAGGUUUAUACCAAAAUUGAAGAACUCAUCAAAGAGGAAAAUAUGCAUUCUAAUCUUCCCCUUAAGAAGAGGAAAGCAUUCUCAUUCAAAACGUAUAUUAAAGAUGAAGAAAAAGAAGUGUCAUAUCCCAAUAUUCCAAUGAUCAGUAUUGCCGAGGUAGAAUUGGCCAAAGAGAAAUAUAUAUUCAGUACUAUGAACAUGAAUCUUCCUUCAACAUGCAAUGCUAUCCCGCCCCCAUUAAACUACAUGCCUGAUUACCUCUCCCAUCCUGAUUACCCUUACCCAACUGAUAUUGAAUGUGAUGAUGUAAUGCUUCAGUCCAACAUGACAAAUAUUUCUACAGAUCUGAAUCCAGUUCUGGAUGCAUUUACUACCACAUUCAUUCCCGAACCUCAAGAACAAAAUAGACCCAAGUUUAAAACUCCUGCACAGCUCAAAGAGUUCCAGCACCUUAGUGCAGCAGAAGCUCUAAUUAAUUUUUCAUUAACAUCGCGGUCAUACUCUAAUGAAAAUCAAGAACCUGGAAGAGAGAAUGAAAGUGAAAAAAGAAAGCUUGAGCAAAAAACCAAAUCAUACAGAAAAAGGAAACGAAUUAUUUAA